AUGUUACGAAUCCAAAGGCAAUUCUAUACUCUAGCUAGAGGUUCUGUGAAUCCUAAAGCUCUUCCGCGGAGAGUAGUCCUAUCCUCGCCUCUGAAGCCGAGAUUGCCGAAUUCAGCCCUCGGGUCUGUCGGCAUAAACGUUACCGCAAAUUGCGGAAAGCUAAGUGUUGCUUAUGCUGUCUCUAGGCGUCUCUAUAACAGUGGUGGAAAUCCUCAAGGAGGAUUCCGACUUCAAAACCAGCAACAAGAACCGCAAGAAAAAGCCUUAGAUCUCUAUGGUAUCGACCUAACUGCUAUGGCAGAAAAAGGAAAGCUUGAUCCUGUCAUUGGCAGAGAUGAGGAGAUCCGACGCACAAUAGAAGCGGGACUUGAAUUAAAGCAUUUUUCAUUGUUCGUAAAUAGACUGGCUCGCCGAACCAAGAAUAACCCCGUAUUGAUCGGUGAAGCUGGUGUUGGAAAGACAGCUAUUGCUGAAGGAUUGGCCCAAAGAAUCGUGGCAAACGAAGUUCCUGAAUCAAUCAAAAACAGAAGAGUUGUAGCUUUGGACUUGGGUAGCUUAGUAGCAGGGGCUAAAUAUAGAGGAGAGUUUGAGGAUCGCCUGAAGGGAGUCCUUAAGGAAGUCAUCGAAGCCGAUGGCAAGAUCAUUUUGUUCAUCGACGAAAUUCACAAUCUGCUGGGAUUAGGAAAAUCUGAAGGUGCUAUGGAUGCCGGUAACUUGCUAAAGCCGGCGCUUGCUCGGGGUCAACUACGAUGCGCUGGAGCCACAACUAUAGAUGAAUACCGCAAGUAUAUCAUGCAAGACCCUGCCUUGGCAAGACGGUUCCAAUCAGUCAUGGUGGAUGAGCCCACGGUUCAAGAUACUAUAUCAAUUCUGAGAGGCUUGAAAGAACGUUAUGAAGUCCACCACGGUGUCCGCAUAGCAGAUUCUGCUUUAGUAGCUGCUGCUGUUCAGUCCCACCGUUACAUUACAGAUAGGUUCCUUCCAGAUAAAGCCAUCGAUCUUGUUGAUGAAGCGUGCUCAAAACUAAGACUUCAACAAGAGAGCAAACCUGAAGCCUUGGAAAGCUUGGAUCGUCAAAUUAUGACCAUUCAAAUCGAAUUGGAGUCAUUGAGAAAGGAAACCGAUAGUCUUUCCGUAGACAGACGUCAGAAGCUUGAAGAUGAUCUGAAGCAAAAACAAGAACAAUCUGACAAAUUGACAAACCGCUGGCAAGAGGAGAGGCAAAAACUUGAGAAUAUCAAGAGAACUAAAGAGGAACUCGAGCAAGCUCGGGUCGAUCUGGAAACAGCUCAAAGAAACGGCAACUUUCAAAAGGCAUCAGAGCUGCGAUAUGGCAUUAUCCCCAAUUUGGAGAAGAAACUGCCAAAAGAAAGCACAACUGAAGAGACCGAAGAAGGGUCGCUCGUGCAUGAACGUGUUACAUCAGACGAUAUUGCUCGAGUUGUAGGACUGAUGACUGGCAUUCCAGUACAGAAUUUAAUGCGUGGAGAUCGUGAAAAGCUGCUCCAUAUGGAAGAUGCUUUAUCUAAGAGAGUUGUUGGUCAAGAUCCUGCGAUCAAGGCUGUUUCCGACGCUGUCAGAUUGAGCCGCGCAGGCUUGAAUAAUCCUUCAAGACCCAUUGCCUCCUUUUUGUUCCUGGGUCCCACUGGUGUGGGAAAGACUGAGCUAUGUAAAAGCAUCGCUCAGUUCUUGUUCGAUACAGAGAAUGCUAUUAUUCGAGUUGAUAUGUCAGAAUAUAUGGAGCGCUUUGCAGUCAGCAGACUUAUUGGCAGUCCACCUGGUUACGUUGGACAUGAGGAGGGUGGCGAGCUUACCGAGGCUGUCAGAAGAAAGCCCUACUCCGUGAUCCUCUUGGACGAAAUGGAGAAAGCUCAUCGAGAUGUAUCCAACUUGCUUCUGCAAGUUCUGGAUGACGGUAUCCUGACUGACAGCAAGGGAAGAAAGAUCGACUUCAAAAAUACAAUCAUCAUUAUGACUAGCAAUCUUGGUGCUGAAUCCCUUGUGACAGAUGUUGAUCAGGAAGGUAUCGUUAGUGAUAGUGCAAAGACAGAAGUCAUGCACUCAGUUCGCCAAGCCUUUGCACCUGAGUUUGUCAACCGUAUCGAUGAAAUGGUUAUUUUCAACCGCCUGUCUCACAGAGCCUUGAGGGAUAUCGUUGACGUCCGACUUAAGGAAGUUGAGCAAAGACUCAGCGAUCGUCGCAUUAAGCUGGACGUUGACAAGGAAGCAAGCGAUUGGCUGGGAGAACACGGAUACGAGCCUGCCUAUGGUGCACGACCUCUUAACCGACUCAUCCAAAAGAAGCUCCUCAACCCUCUUGCUCGUCUCCUCAUUGAUGGGGGUAUUAGAACUGGCGAAACUGCAAAGGUCACUGUCGUUAAGCUACCAUCCGGUCAGAAUGAACUGGAUAUUAAGCGUAACCAUGCUCCCGGAAGCCAGCCUGCUAGUAGCGAACACGAUGCGAUUGAAGAAGGAAUGGCUCCGAUUGGCGAAGAAGAACAGGCUGAAGCUGAUCAUAAAAAUAACGAUAAAUGA